UUUACCCUAAUAAGCAGGCAGUCAUGGUGUCUGGACAGGACCAACAGGUGGAGAAGCUGCUGGAUGAGGCACUUCGGCGUAAUAAGUUCCAGGUGCUCGAAGAAUUCCUGCUGGAUGAAAGCAAAGAGGGCACCAACUUUAAGUGCUCCAAACAGUUUAUCAGCAAAUUGGAUAAACUCAUGAACAGGGAGUUGGAUAACAGGAAUGUAAAACAUGCUAGCCUAGGCCUUACCAUCUUGCAUAAAUUUGGGGAGACUCUGAUCUUUCCUGGAAGUCAAGGUAUAUCAGCACUGGUGUCUGAGGGACUUGUCAAAAAGAUGGUACAGUGGUUUUACAAAAUGAGAGAUCUAUGGGCGAAUGAAGAAACCCAAAAGACUGAAACAUUGCUGAACCUAGCUGAAGACUUCUUUGAUGUUGUGAUGGUUGUCCAUGAGAGUGGUAAAGAAGGCACAUAUCAAAUAACAGAGCACUUGCUUCAUCCUAUUGGCAAGUUAGCCUCUGAAAAUCAAGUGAACAUCUUCAUACAGAAAGAGGCUGUCCGGAAACUGAAUGUCAUUCUUGGUAAAAUGCCUGGGGGGCUGAAGAAAGAGAAGAAAAUCUUAUCAACACAAGAGGCUUCAAGUGUCAUGGAUAAUUUGGCUAGUAGAAUCCUUAAAGCUGGAGAUUAUGAUUUCCAGAUUGCCUUGAUGGAAGCCCUCUGCAGAAUGGCCAGUCCUGCACAGAGGAAGGAGUUGGCUGACCACUGGUUCUCCAUGCAGUUUGUUGCACAGGCUUUCAGCAAGAUUCGGGAUUGUGAAUUUGAGACUGACUGCAGGAAAUUUCUGAAUCUGGUAAACGGUAUGCAGGGAGAUGCUCGAAGCGUGUACUCCUAUCCUUGUCUUCAGGUGUUUUUGGACAACCAUGAGCUGCUCAUGCCAGCGGACGAAAAACUGGAGGAAUUCUGGAUUGACUUUAACCUGGGGAGCCAGAGUAUUUCGUUUUACCUCUCUUCAGCAGAUGAGGAUGCCCAGGAUGGCCAGUGGGAUACCUUAUGUAUUGGAGAAAAAGAGGUCUACAGCUACACUGUGGAUGAGUUGAAAGGGCGUAAGGUUCUGAAGGUAGUGAUGAAAGACCCAGUUUGUGUAACGGGGUUGGAGGGCUCCCAACUCCAUAUCCACUUUAGCCCUUGUCUGGACAUCCUACAGGCCACAAAAAACGUGUUCGGGGAGGCAAAGAACAAAAAGUUUGUGAAGAAGACUUCGGUCGUGAACACCACUGUACAGAUCAUCAUGGAUGGUGCAGACUCUCAGGUUCUUUUUUCGGAGAGCCAAGUAUCACCAACUCAGCAUAUGGGAAAAGAUCUAUUGGGUAAUGUGAGGGGGGAAGGUGUGCUGUGCUGUAAUAGGUGAUCUUUUCAUUCUCUCCCACAGAUGAUAACCCCUAUUCGCAGGAAACUGUCCGAGUCUAACAUUAUCAUUUCCAGCAGUGCAGGGAGCAGAACGGCACAGAGCCCAUUCAGCUGCAUCCGACCUGCUUGUAGGUCGUCCAGGACAAAGGUGAAACCUGCUCUUCAGUUGAUGAGCUCCUCAGAGAGGACCAGAGACAGUGGACUGAAGGACCUGAUGACAACCAAAACCUCCUGCAGUCUGUCACCUCUCAGUGUGCGCUGUGAGAGUGGGGGAAAGCAGAUGACUCCAACAGUUGCUCCAGCAAAGAACACAGAAGUCAAACAGAAUAGACAAGAAUCAAAGAAAUUCCACAGAAACAUUCCAGUUGAUAAGGUUUUGGAAAUUGUUCAAGCUGACCAGAAGCAUGAAAACGAGGCUUUGGGUGAUAGUGUGGACAUAGUCCCAGACUCCCAGCCUGCAUUAGGAAACCAGAGCCUUUUACUGCCAGGCCCAUACAAUACAGACCCCACCAGGAGGAAAAUCUCAGAGUUACAGUCUCUGCUACCGCCCAGUCUGCCCAAAUUAGGCUGCAGUGUCCAGGCUGUUGUGAAUACUGAGCUGCCCAGACAGACAUCCUCUGGCCAGCACAGCUCUGUGGGGCUCAGUCACAAGCAGCUCCACACUCAGCUCACCCAGAAACUGGAGCAGGUGCUCAGAGAGAGGGAGCUGGAGGCCUGUGGAGCUCAGAGCAAUCCAAAGACCAGAAGUGGCACAGCAGGUCACAGGCAGACUGGGAAAUGGAGUGGAGGCAGGCGGAAAGGCCAGGCACAGAGCGCUGAGGAUACAGAGAACCAGGAUCCUACGCCAACGAAACCUGUCACAGAAACAAUUGGCAGUAACAAGGAAAAGACCAUUAAGCCUGACACAGGCAAAGACAAGUCCGUCGGCCGUCACGUGAAGAAGCAUCUGUUUAGUGACACAGACACAGAUAAUGUCACAGAGGUCAGCUGGUUAAGAGCAUCCAAUAGGAAACCUAAACCCAAAAUUACAGAUUACACCCGGCAGCCAGCGAAAUCCACGUGCCCAGCAGCUAACACAGCUGAUGGAUCUCUUGACUUAACUUCAGCCUCUCCCAAGCCUGAAAAACAUCAAGCUAGACCAAAAAGGAUGAGACAGAAGAAGGCCACUGAAGACAAUGAGAAUAAGAAUAAGGCCCUUACUGCUGGGAAUAGGAGGCGGACUGGUAGACCCCAAAGGGCUGUCACCCACACCAAGAGUUACAGAGAAGCAUCUGAUUCAGACAGUCUGUCAGAAAGCGAAAAACCACCAGCCCACAAGAAAUGUACCUUUGGACAAUUUGAGAAGAAGAAAGCAGAUCAGACUGCAAGGCUAUCAGAUAAAACCAGUCGAAAAGAGCUUGAUACAGCCACAAGACAGCACAAGAAAAGUCACAAGAUUGCUGCAGAUGUGCCAUUGGACAGUCACAAGAUUGCUGAAGGAGUUAUUGGACAACCAGAGGAAAAUGAGAAGAAACAUUUAGAGAAUACAUCUGAAGCUGCGGAGAAGUCUGUUCCUUCGCUGAAAUCUGCAGUCUCACCGCUCCAGUCGCUGUCUGUUUCUCCUCCUGUCGACUCUACUCCUGUUUCUCCGGUCCUGGAGUCACCCAGCCCUGUCAAAGGCAUCCAGGCCUCCUCCUUCUACAAAAACCGUGACAGCAUUAAGAGUUUUAGAGCCCCCUCUCUGCCAUCUGUAACCCCUGUCAUCCAAACUCCUCGCAUAACUGCAAAGGAACCCAGUGCCACAGAGGAGCACGUGGUGAGUCCUGUCUUGUCUGUGCAGUCUUUCGGUCAUCCUCUCAUCACGUCCACAGGAAGAGAGAAGUCUACAUUACCAUCCCUUUUGAAAUCUCCCGACCUGGAGGAACAGCUGAGAGACUUUAUGGCCAGUCAGUCUUGUGACAAAGAGUCUGUGAUCUCCGUGGUAACACUUAGUCAGUCUUCUCAUUACUCACUGAGCAACGUGGCUAUGCUCCAUACUGAACAGGAGAGAACACCUCUUUCUAGCAAAAGAAGCGACCGUGGAAAAUCUGAAUUCCAACCAGGUCCUAUCCCCAGCCGGAAGCGCCGUGGCUCACUCCGCUCGGCUAGUCUCUCUGAGGAAGAAGAUGCCAGUGGUGGUGAAGACAGGGUGGUACCCAGUAAACUGGCUGUGAAAAUGAAGCCCAGAAAACUGUUCAAAGCUAAUGAAAUGAACCAGGCACAGAGAAAAAAACCUCAGUCCAAACAGGACAAGAACACAUACAUGCGGAGCAGCUUGAAGGAGGAAGAGAAAAGAGAGAAGAGGAAGACUGAUAAAGGAAAGUGCAGAGGAGCGUCCAGGACAAGGGAGAAAAACUGUGGUCAAACCCGGAGCAGUAGUGACAGAGAUACAGGUGCCUGGACAUCUGUGUAUGAGUGCACUAGUGCAUUGGAAGAUGUGGAGGUACACUCGGUGGUCUCCUCCUGUGUGUUGUCGAGCUGCUGGGAGGGCAGUGUGGAAGCAGAUCCUGGUGUGAACAAAGCAGACACUUCUCAGGAGAUGAGUUACGUUUGUCGACAGUUCAGCUCCGAACUACAGAGGAAGUUUCAGAGUCACUCUAGAAGAAUGGAUCUUUACACCCAGCAGUCUCUGAAAACUGUCCAGCACCAUAUGUCUGCCAUUAGUGUACAAGUACACAAUCAUAGGUUUCAGGGGAUGGAGAAAGUCAAACAAGCUCUUAAAGAUGAGAUCAGAAAUCUGGAACAGGACGACUCCACCCUGAAGGCCAUGGAGGAAGAGCUGACGAGCUACUGGAAAAAACAAGCACUGGCUCUCCAUACGUACCAGGAGAGAGGAACCAGAAGACUCCAGUUCCUCAGGAAUACCGUUCAGACGAACGUGUACCACAGCCUGGAGUUAGAGGAAGCAGUAUUCACCUCAGAGAUGUGUUUAAUGAAGAAAGACAUGAAAACUGUCCAGGAUAAAUUCUUUAAAGAGAUGCAUGAGGAGGCAGUGCUGAGUGUGCGAAGAGGACUGCAGACGCUCUUCCUUUCAGAGACUUCCACAUUCUAACCUGAGGAGAGAGCAGUCUUCUGACAACCACAGGU